GGUCGGAUUUGAAUCGCUGCGCGCGGCCCCUCAGGCAGCGCUCGGCACCGGCACCGCGGCCGCUCCUGUCGCGACAUCACCGACCCCGCAUCGCGAUACCACCGCCCCCCGCAUCGCGGCACCACCGCCAGCGCCUCCGUUACCCUCCCCAUCCCCUCCGUCUCCAGAUAUGAAGGCGGCGGCCAGGACCCCCCGGAGGCCGGCACUGAAGAAGCCGUCCAACCCCAGCCUGAAGGAUCCCGUGGGGGUGUACUGCAGGGUGCGUCCCCUCAGCCGGGCGGAGCAGGAGUCCUGCAUCGAGGUGAUCAACGAGACCACGGUGCAGAUCCACCCCCCCGAGGGCUACCGGGUGGCCCGAAACGGCGAGUACCGGGAGACACAAUAUUCCUUUAAAGAAGUGUUUGGCACCCGGGUGGUCCAGAAGGAGCUGUUUGAGGUGGUGGCCAAGCCUUUGGUGGAGGAUCUCAUCAGGGGGAAGAAUGGGCUCCUUUUCACCUAUGGUGUGACAGGCAGUGGGAAGACACACACCAUGACAGGGUCUCCAGGUGAUGGAGGGCUUCUCCCACGCUGUCUGGAUAUGAUCUUCAACAGCAUAGGACCCUUCCAGGCCAAGAGAUUUGUUUUUAAGCUGGAUGAGAAGAAUGGUGUGGAUGUCCAGUGUGAGGUGGAUGCUCUGUUAGAGAGGCAGAAAAGAGAUGCCACCCCUGUCCCAAAAACUCCCUCUGGCAAGAGACAGAUAGACCCAGAGUUUGCUGACAUGAUCAACGUGCAGGAUCACUGCAGAGUGGAAGAGGUGGAUGAAGAUAAUGUCUACAGUGUCUUUGUCUCCUACAUUGAGAUCUACAACAACUACAUCUAUGACCUCCUGGAGGAAGUCCCUUUUGAGCCCAUAAAACCAAAGUGGAACAAUUGCAACACUCCUGUGCGAAAUGGUGACUUGAUACCUCCACAAUCCAAAAUGCUUCGUGAGGACCAGAAUCACAACAUGUAUGUCACAGGGUGCACAGAAGUCGAGGUGAAAUCUACAGAGGAAGCUUUUGAAGUCUUCUGGAGAGGGCAGAAGAAGAGGAGGAUUGCCAACACGCAGCUGAAUCGGGAAUCCAGUCGCUCACACAGUGUUUUUAUCAUCAAGUUGGCUCAGGCACCCCUGGAUGCAGAUGGGGAUAAUGUGCUACAGGAAAAGGAGCAAAUCACCCUGAGCCAGCUGUCUCUGGUUGAUCUGGCUGGGAGUGAGAGAACCAACAGAACAAGAGCUGAAGGGAACAGGCUACGAGAAGCAGGUAAUAUUAAUCAGUCACUAAUGACAUUAAGAACAUGCAUUGAAGUUCUGCGGGAAAACCAGAUGUACGGAACAAAUAAGAUGGUUCCAUACAGAGAUUCCAAACUGACUCAUCUCUUCAAGAACUAUUUUGAUGGAGAAGGGAAAGUGCGGAUGAUUGUGUGCGUUAACCCCAAAGCUGAGGACUACGAGGAGAGCUUGCAAGUCAUGCGCUUUGCAGAGAUGACCCAGGAGGUGGAAGUUGCCAGACCUGUGGACAGAGCCCUCUGUGGUUUAACGCCCGGCCGGCGCUUCAGGAACCAGGCCUUCAGAGAGGAGCUCUCCAGGAAGCUGGAGAUGAGAGGUGGCCCUAUAAAUGGAGAAGCAGAUGAGCAAUCUGAUACAGAGAUGUUCGUGCAGACCUUCCCUCCCUUGCCUUCAUGUGAGCUAUUGGAUAUUAAUGAUGAUCAAACACUUCCAAGGCUUAUUGAAAUCCUGGAAAAACGCCACAAACUGAGGCAAAUGUUAUCAGAGGAGUUUGCCAAAAAUGUGCUUUCAUUUAAAACAAUGCUGCAGGAAUUUGACUCCAGUGUUAUAUCCAAGGAAAACUAUAUUCAAGUAAAACUCUCUGAAAAAGAGAAAACAAUAGCAGGACAGAAAACAGAGCUAGAACGCCUGGAGAAGAAAAUUAAAACUUUGGAAUACAAGAUUGAGAUUUUAGAGAAAACUGCAACAAUUUAUGAAGAAGACAAACGAAAUCUGCAGCAAGAGCUGGAAAGCAAGAGCCAGAAACUGCAACGUCAGGCUUCUGACAAGAGGAAGCUGGAGGCACGACUGCAAGGCAUGGUGGCAGAAACAACCAUGAAGUGGGAGAAGGAGUGUGAGAGGCGUGUUGCUGCAAAGCAGCUGGAGAUGCAGAACAAACUUUGGGUCAAAGAUGAAAAACUGAAGCAACUGAAGGCUAUUGUCACUGAACCAAAACAUGAAAAACCAGAGAGGCCUUCACGGGACAGAGACAGAGAGAAGCCUGCCCAGAGAUCAGUGUCUCCUUCACCAGUACCUCCCUCUACUCACUGUCAGGUCCCUCAGAGCCAGUGGCUGCCCAGCACCCCCCAGCUGCACAGACGUUCUAAUUCUUGUAGCAGCAUUUCUGUGGCAUCCUGUGUGAUGGAAUGGGAGCAGAAAACCCCUUCACUCAACCAUCCCAGUGGCACUGCUAAUGCCAGGAGUAGACAACAAGAACCAGAACAAAAUAGAGGCUCUAAGACCUCAGAGAGAAGGCGAGGGAUGUGCUGGACUGGAGUCCUUGAGGUCCCCAAGCAUAGAGAUGAGCUAGGAAUAGAAGAGGAUCAAAGCCACAGGCUUGAUGUGUAG